AUGUUUGUGGAGUUUGCUGUCAUGAGAUAUGAUGGAGGACCUGAAAGAAUAGUGGUAUUCAAUAGGAAUGAUCUAAGUGUACGCUGUAGUUGCAAAAAAUACGAGAAUGAAGGAAUUUUGUGUGGGCACGCGUUGAAGGUAUUUGAUACCGUGGGCAUAAAGACAAUUCCUCCUGAAUACGUUAAGAGGCGAUGGACAAAAAGAGCUCGGACUGGAGACUGUUUUGAUCGGCGAGGACGGGAAAUUAUGGCUGAUCCAAAAGCAAUCAUUUCAACUCGUUAUCGGGAACUCGCUCCAGCCAUGAUUAAGGUCGCAACUCGAGCAGCAAUGUCGGAGGACACCAGCAAAGUAGUAAUCACCGUCAUAUCCGUUUUGGCAAAGAGAGUUGAGCUCCUCCUCUCAGAAAAUGAAGAGCAACCUUCGCAAAAUCAUAAAAAUCUGAAUGUAGAGGAACGUGAUAAAAUUGAAAUUGUAAAUGAAAUGGGAGAGGUAGUAGUCGCAAGAGGCAUUAAAAAACGAGCCGGUGGGAAGAGAAAUAGAGUGAUGCGAAGUUGUGUCGAUAAAUUUGACAGAGUAAAAAGAAAUUCUAGAUUGUCAAGGACUACACAGACUACGGUCUCAGAAUCGGAGCCGACGUCACUUGAAUUUGAUGAACACAUGUUUUUGGGAUGCCGUUCAUCUACUGACUCUGUUUCGACGCAUUCAAGGAGCCAGUCGGUGAAUGGCUCUCCAAACGCUGUUGCUCCCGAAAUCGAGGAAAGUGAAAUGGAGGAGCGUGCGGCAAUUUCAAUACACCGUGACAUUGAUGCAUAUCAUGUAUUUUCACCAUCACCACAGGAAAUAAACAACACCCAGAGUUUGCAACUAGCUGUUGGCGUCGCCCCCCGCAGAAGUAGGUUGAUGAAUGAUGUGUACGUCUAA